GUCGAACUCCGUUGACCUUUUACACUGUGACGUCAUAAUACCGGGACAACGAACCUUGCAAGGAAGUUUUUUUCAGGGACAUGGACACUUUGCUGAGUCUUAGUGACAACGAAAUCGAGGACAUCAGUCUCGACAACGAACUAGUAUUGUUCGACCGCAUAAAGAAGUACUACUCCCCAACCAGUGACCUACGCGUCUCCUAUCUGCUAGGGGAAGCCGUCGUAGGAUCGUCGUACGACUGGGUGGGUCUGUUCCGGCCUGGCUGGGCAUCAACCAGCUCCUACAUCAAUUACCAAUGGGCACCGAUAAAAGAUGUCAGUGCACGUGCACCGAGAAGACGCAGGGUUGUUGUACCCCGGUCCUCCUGGUCAAGUUACAAAAAUGAAGACAAAUUCCAACUCCUCUACGUCACUGCCACUGGAGACGUCGUAGGCGUCAGUUGUUCAUUCCGUAUCGGUGAACCCGAAGAACCGGAUCUUAACUUUGACCUCCUCGAGCGCCCCCUACAUGAAGCGUCAUCCUUGUCAGUGGUUGAAUCCUUCAGCAACAACUUUGUAGACUUGGAAACCAUAAGCUUACUGAGUGAGUCGGACUCAGGACACAGCUCCCCUUCCAACCUAGAGGAUGUGGAUACGCCUGUGAAGAUCGCUUUGGACAGCAACACCUUGUCCGGAGACUUUACAGGGAAGAGCUGGUUUGAAGAACUAGGACUCCUCCCUGAAAACACCAUUGUGAAGGAGUACGAACCAGUUGAUGAUCAGUCAUUGGUACCUUACAUGCCGGUUCUUCUGAAAGAUUUCUCUGGAUCCCCCAAAACCUACCAGCCCUUAGCUGACGUCAAUGAUCGACGAUCCUAUUCCAUAUUUUUCGACGAAGAUGUUGACGAGGAGGCGACGUCCCUUUUCUUCGAGAGCGAUGAGCUUAAGGCACCAAAUCAAGACAAGGAGAUUCCUCUUCCUAAGACAGCAAAGCCUGAGUAUCCCCCAGUAGAGGGGGCUAUCGAGAAGCUGUAUAAGGAACUAGUUCCACAGGUUCUUCAGGACAAGGAGUCCUCCGUCAUCCCGGAAGAAGAAUGUAUUCCAUUGCUGUCCGAUGAUGACCUAACGUUUUCAGAUGUGCCCCUAGAUUCCACUAAGUCAAGGUCCGAACUUGGAAUUAGUGGCUGCCUGCCUAAUCUGUUUUCCAGCAACGAUGCCUUUGCUAAAGUCGUGCCACUGUACAGUGUUGACGAAGGCAAAAGUGCCGUCGCAGUAUUUAACGCAGAGAAGAAGAAGAGGGAAAAACAAGAGAAGAUACAGAAGGCCAUACAGAUCCUCCAGGGCCUCAUCAAUCUCAUCCCAGGCUCCACCGCUGCCCCGCCACGACCUCUCGGCUGCGCACCUGACUGCACCGGAUGUGUCAUCAGUCAGGGAGUCCUGAGUCACUACCGCCAGCGGUUCCUGGCAGCAGAGGAGAACGUGCAGAAACUCAAGGAAGAGGUAGAGACUCUCCAGAAGAGCUUGGAUGAAAAGGAUGCAACAAAGAGCAGCGCGAAGGACCUCCCCAGCCCAAUCCUCAUGAGUUCGUUGUCCAAUGUCAUGGGCAUGGUGAGAAAUGUUCAGAAGACAAACGAAACGAACGCACUCCUCGACCAGGCACUGGCGGUUACCCUGGCUGAGAAACAUCAGCUGGAGAAAGGUCAGGUUACAUCGACCUCGGCACCCCAGAAUGCAUCCGAGAAAGGUCAACAGACUGAGGUGAAGGUCGUUAGAGAUGAGUCCAAAGAAUGCGUUGAUCCGCCACAGGAUACAACAUUCCACUUUGAGGACGAAGAGCAGGACGGAUGGAGCCUAAAGAAUUCAAAGAAAAUCGACCGUCUGAAGAAGGCAGUAGCUCGCAAGGAGGAGGACCUGAAGGCUCUGCAGGACAAGGUGUCGGGGAAGCAGGUCCAGAUCAUCAUGGUCCAGGACACUGUCAAGGAACUGAGGAAGAACGUCAGGGAGGAGAGAAGACUGGCAAAAGCCGCACGCCAGGAGGUGCUGAAACUACGACGUCAAGUCAGUGCUCUGAAGUCCAAUCGUAAGCGAGUAGCUUGGGGAGGUGACGUCACAAGCAGGGACGUCACCCAAACCGCCACCGUGGGGACUGAGUCACGUUUCCCAAGACGUCACACGUUCGCAGCUCAAGUCUACCCCAAGGCAAGGUUCACAUCUGGAGUCUCAGCCUUCUACCCAGAACGCAAGGCUUUCAGACAAGACAUGAAUAUGCAAAUUAGGACUGGGAGAUGCAAGACGUGCGGGAUGAGGUUCUCGCCCACAGUUGACAGGAGGCUUAUCGAGGAACAUAUCAUAUUUCACCUUCAGUUCCAAAUGUAAAUUGAUACCCUGCCCACAAGUUGAUCUCUGAAAUCUGAUUGGCUCGCACCGUCCUUGGAUCAUGCAUUCUGAUUAGCGACACUUUUUGUUAUUUGGUUGCCAUUGUGCCAUUUAUUUUAAGUGGCAUUUACUGUUGGUGUUGGAAUCAGUGGCUAUUGUAUUUUGUUAUCUUUUUAUAGCACGGUUUGUACUGUUUUAUUACACAAUUUUAACAUUUGUUUUGUGAUGUUUACACUAUAUUUAGAGUUAAGUGUUGAGUAAUUUUGAUAUGCAUCUAUUGGUUAUAUUUUUAAAUCUGUAUUAAUUUGAUAUUCUUUAUGGUUUAUAUAUGUUAUACCUUUUGACGAAUUGCACAUAUAAAUGAAUGAAUAUUU